CCGGCCACCGCCUCACAGCCCUACCUGCCGCCUCCUGCCCAGGGAUACAUGGCACAUCCCCAGCCCUACCUGCUCUCCUCCCAGGCCUCUCCUUCCCAGUCCGCGCAGCCCGCCCUGGCCCCCUCCAUCCCUCCCCCGGCCAAACCCUCGCAGGCGCAUUUCCCACCGCCCCAGCCGUCCUUGCCCCCUCCCGCCGCUGCCCAGCCGGAGGCCGCGCAGAGUGCCUCCAAGGAGGGCGGUGGCACGGAGCAGCCAGACCCCUCCACCAUGACCCCCCAGGAACAGCAGCAAUACUGGUACCAGCAGCACCUGCUUAGCCUGCAGCAAAGGGCAAAAGCCCAUGCUCAGGGACAGCAGCAGAUGAAAAGUCCAGUAUUGAAGGAUGCAUCUGAGCAGAGAGCAAAGUCUGAAGAAGGGAAAAUGGGUGCUUCAAAUCAGCAGUCUGAACCUCCUCCACUUAAUGAAUCCCUGCCUCCAGCUUCCAAAGAAGAUGAGUCUUCUCUUACAUCCACUGAAACUCAGCUCAAUAUUGAACCUCCUGAUGACCCUGAGGAAGAUUUGAGAUUGCAGCAAUUGCAAGCAGCAGCAGCUCAGUGGCAGCAGCACCCCCAUCACCGGGUUGGAUUUCAGUAUCAGAGGAUAAUGCAGAAGCAUGCUCAGCUGCAGCAGAUAGUACAGCAGUAUCAACAGGUCAUGCAACAGCCUCCACACUUAGAGACAAUGUCAGUGGACAUGCAACUGCGGCAUUAUGAGGCACAGCAAAAACAAUUCCAGCAGCUUCAUAAAGAUUGGGAGCGAUCAAUGAACCAACAGUGGCAGCAUCAGCUUCAAACCUACCCUCACAAAGAUCAGCUUCAGGAGUAUGAGAAACAGUGGAAAGCGUGGGAUGAACAGAUGAAGGUCACUCAGUCCCACCUGCAGGAGAAAGUGACCUCACUCCAAAAUCUGAAGAAUCAGUAUCCUGCAAAUGUUUCCCUGCCACCUCCAUUUAUUCCAUAUUCUCAAACUGGUCAAGGUGGCAUUCCUAUUAUGCCUCCAACUUUACCUUCAACUACACCUCCACUGGUUCCCCCACCUCUCUCUUCUGUUUCUCAGUUGUCCAAUUCCUCUGUCCCUUCAGGAUCCAGUUCUCAAAGCAGUCAGUCUUCUGAGACACCAAGGCCAGCUCUGCUUCCCACCCCUGGUACCUAUGCAUCAAAAAUAGGUAGUUCAACUGUCUACUCACCUUAUCAUUCUCAAGCAAGUUCAUCCUUUGGCUCAUCAGACCACAGAAAGUCUCAAGUUCAUCUUAGUAAACAAACUGUAUCUGUUUCAUCUGAGCAAGGAUGUGGGGAACUGAAAGGCACUUCUGCAGUGUCUUCAACACACACAUCUAUUGUGCAGGAUAAACCAGUGAGGUCAGGUGGAUUGCUUCCAGAUCCUCCUAGAUCAGCACGUUUUGAAGGCCCCAGAGGCCCUAGAUUUGAUGGAUGCCGAGGAAGAGGAUAUGACAAGUUUGAAGGCUCAAGACAGAGAGGACCUCGUUUUGACUCUCAGCGCUCAGAAGGAUACAGGUCACGUUUUGACAGGCAGAAUACAGAUGGACAGUCUUCAAGUAGAUGGGGGUCUAUCCCACGAGGACCAGCAGGACAAUUUUAUACUUCGACAAAUGCAUCACAUGGACAUGGUUCCCGACCUAGUGGCCCACGGUGGACGGGGCCCAGGCCUCACUUGGGACAGCAGCAGCAGCAGGCACAGACGGAGUCAGAGUCAGAAAACAAAGAACCUUUUACAGACACAGCUGGUGAUCAGCAGACUGUAAGCAGAACACAGUCUACUCCCGAUGCACAGACUGCAGGUCCCAUUGAGCCAAAUGAAGACCUGACAGACACUCAACAGGAACCAUCCAAACCUGAAGUCAAAGAAACUAUUUCAGACCCUCCUAAAAAGUGGACAUGGAGUUCACAUGAUCCUAACCAGCAAGUAGAAGAGUCAAAGCCACCUACUUCACCUGCUCAGAACCAGAAUACUGUAACACCUGUAACAGGAAAUGAGGAUUUGGAUUCACCAGAUGGCCAAUUGACUGCUUCAGAUAGCACCCAGGGCUUACCUGGACCAGAAAGCAGAGGGAAAGGGCCGUUUAUGCAUGAAGAUAGAGGCAAGGGACCAGUAAGCAGAGGAAGGGGCCGUGGCAGAGGGCAGGGGGAUGGCCGUGGCUGGGGAAUGGGCCGUGGCAGGGGCAUGGGAAGGAUGGAUGGUGGCCGGGGAAUGGGAAGGAUGGACAGUGGUUGGGGAAUGGGGAGGAUGGACGAUGGCUGUGGCAGAGGAUAUGUAUACAGAGGCAGAGGGCAGGCUAGGCAGGCAUCCAUCCGUGGCAGGGGAAUGUUCAGGAGAGCAGACAGCAGGGAGAGGAUGCCAGAUGGACAGUCAGGCAGCCGAGAGAGGAUGCCAGAUGGAAGGUCAGGCAGCCGAGAGAGGGGCCCGGGUGGACGGUCAGAUAGUCAUGAGAGGGUAUUCUCUAGCCGAGACAGAGAACUAGCUGGACGGACAGGCAACUGGGACAGGGGACGGGCAGGAAGCCGGGAGAGAGGCCCAGUCAGGCGGGCGUGUAGCCGGGAAAGAGAGCCCAUGCGGGGGGCGGGUAGCCGGGAAAGGGUCCCUGUCAGGCGUGCAGGUAGCCGGGAGAGAGUCCCCAUGAGGCGAGCAGGUAGCCGUGAGAGGGGCCUGGGCAGGCGGGCAGGUAGCCGUGAGAGGUGUCCUAUCAGGAGGGGAGGUAGCCAUGAGAGGGAAGCAGGAAGACCUGAAACAGGCAAUAUGGGUAAACCCCUUCACCUAGGAGAUGACCCUGAUGAAUUGCCUCCAUACCAUCGAGAUGAAACAUUCAGGGGUUCUUGGGGUCAUGAAGACGAUAGAAUGCAAGAAGAAUUUCCUUUAGAUAGUCAAGAUGACCCUUCUUUGGAGCAUGAGCAAUUGGAUGACUGGGAAAGAGAACAAUACUGGAGAGAUCACAACUCUGAUUAUCAGGAUGAUUCUGUAGAUGCAUAUGACAGAGAUGACAGGUUGCAAUCCCACCAUUCACUGCCUCCAUUAUCUCCUCUGCCACCACUACCUCCUUUAUCAUCUGAUCAUGACAGACGAGAUUCAUGGUGGGAUGACUGGAAAAGGCCAAGAGAAAGGGAACUAGAGAGAGAUCUAGAUAGAACUGGAAGAUCCUCAGAUAUUUAUGAUCAAGAUUUAGACAGAGAAUGGGAUAGAGACUGGGACAUGAGAGCUAUGCAUGACAGAGAAAUGGGUAAUUGUGACCUGGAUAUCCCUCCACUACCACCAUUACCACCUCUUCCACCUCUGGACAGGUAUCGUGAAGAUAGGUGGAGGGAGGAUAGGAACAGAGAUCAUUAUGACAGAGAUCUCCGAGACAGGGGGGAGCUUAGGAUUCGAGAGUAUCCAGAGAGAUACGACACAUGGCGGGAAAAGCAAGACUACCUUCCUGAAAGGACUGAUUGGGAGAGGGAACGGUUGUCGGAUAGGUGGUAUCCAGAUGAUGGAGAGAGACUGCGGUCUCUGGAUGACCACUCAGAUUCAUCCCUUCCUCCACCUUCACAUUCCUGUGAUAUGCUGGGAGCAGAUUCAAACCUGGACUCUGACCAGUCCUUGGGAGGAGUGAUGGUCCUUAGCCAAAGACAGCAUGAGAUAAUUCUGAAGGCUGCCCAGGAGCUCAAAAUGCUUCGAGAGCAAAAAGAACAGCUACAGAAGUUGAAGGAGUAUAAACCUGACAUUUCCACACAGGACCCUCCAAGAUCACAGAACACAAGCACAAGGCCGGGUGCCUUUCAGGUCUCUUCUCAGCUAUCUUCAGAGGCAUCAGUAGAAGCCCAAGCUAUUAAACCUUCUCCUGCUGUUAUUAUAAAGCCUCCCGUGUUGUUCAGACAGCCCACCCCUGUGACAAGACCAAGUGCCCCCCUGGCAAGGCCUACUACACCUAUGACAAGGCCACAUGCUCCAGUUUCUACUCCAACUACAACCCCAAGUCAUGGUCAGUCUUUAAAACCAUCACAUUCUGCUGUGGAACAGGAACGCUGGGAUGAGGAUUCUUUCCACGGACUGUGGGACACAAAUGAGGAUAAAGGUGCAAAUAUGGAGUAUGAGUUACGUAAACAGGAGUCAAUGAUGCCUCCACCUGUUUCCUCGCCUGUGAAAAUACCUUCUGUCCACACCUCUGUUCCAUCAUCUGUACCAGUGUCCCUUUCUCCAGUUAUUCCACCAGUUCCUAAAGCACCUGUUAUUCAGCAAACUGUGGAUUAUGGCCACGGGCGAGAUAUAACUACCAGUAAAGUGGAACAGAUUCCAUAUGGGGAGAGGGUAACCCUUCGUCCAGAACCUCUACCGGAGAGGCAAACAUUUCAAAAAGAGCAUCCAGGUCGCUACAACAGAGAAAGAGAUCGUGAGCCUUAUUUUGAGCGUCAAGGUAAUUCCAACACAGAUCAUCGAGAUUUCAAGAGAGAGCGGGAAUUGCACAGAGACCGUGGUUCUGUGGACUAUGAACGAGAGAGAUUUGAAAAAGAGAGGCAUCCCAGAGACGAUAGGGUUCUUCCUACUACACCUACAAGGACUCAGUCUUACCGUGACAAGAAAGACCAUCCAUCCUCCAGGCGAGGUGGUUUUGAAAGACCACCAUAUGAACGGAAGACAGAUCGCCCAGCAUAUGAUCAUGGGCCUUCCAUGUUUGGAGAAAAUUCUUCUGUCCAAACACUGGAAUUUGAAGGUGAUCGUAGAAAUUAUCCUGAGGAAAGGAUUCCUAUUUCUGCUCCAUCGAUACCCCGUCAGCCACCACCUGCUCCAAGAAUGGAAAGGAAGCCAGAAUCUAAAAAUGUAGAUGAUAUUUUAAAGCCACCAGGACGGGAUAGCAGACCAGAGAGAAUUGUGAUCAUAAUGAGAGGGUUGCCUGGCAGCGGAAAGACACAUGUAGCAAAACUCAUCAGGGAUAAAGAAGUAGAGUGUGGAGGACCUGCACCAAGAGUGCUCAGCCUGGAUGACUAUUUUAUCACUGAAGUGGAGAAAGAAGAGAGAGACCCAGAUACAGGAAAAAAAGUUAAAAAGAAGGUGAUGGAGUAUGAAUAUGAAGCUGAUAUGGAAGAGACCUAUCGUACCAGCAUGUUUAAAACUUUCAAAAAGACCUUGGAUGAUGGCUUCUUUCCCUUCAUUAUCCUUGAUGCUAUCAAUGAUAGAGUGCGACAUUUUGAACAGUUUUGGAGUGCUGCAAAAACCAAGGGGUUUGAGGUGUACUUAGCUGAAAUGAGUGCGGAUAACCAGACGUGUUCCAAGAGGAAUAUUCACGGACGCAAGCUAAAGGAUAUCAGCAGGAUGUCUGAGCACUGGGAGGCAGCACCACGUCACAUGAUGCGCCUGGACAUUCGUUCUCUAUUGCAGGAUGCUGCUAUCGAAGAGGUGGAGAUGGAGGAUUUUGAUGCAAAUAUUGAAGACCAGAAAGAAGAAGUCAAGAAGGACACAGCAGAGGAGGAAGAAAGUGAACUGGGUUACAUUCCGAAAAGCAAAUGGGAGAUGGACACUUCUGAGGCAAAGCUAGACAAGCUGGAUGGUUUGCGGACUGGCACUAAAAGGAAACGUGACUGGGAAGCAAUUGCCAGCAGAAUGGAAGAUUAUUUGCAACUUCCAGAUGACUAUGAUACACGUGCUUCUGAACCUGGAAAGAAAAGGGUGCGGUGGGCAGAUCUAGAAGAAAAAAAAGAUGCCGACAGGAAAAGGGCCAUCGGUUUUGUUGUUGGACAAACAGACUGGGAGAAGAUAACAGAUGAAAGUGGUCACCUUGCUGAGAGAGCCCUCAACCGCACCAAGUAUAUAUGAAAAAGUGGUUAAGUGGAUUUUUGUGCCUUGAAGGCCAUUUGCUCUGAGGAGAAGUGAACCAGGGUGUCAUGAGCAUCUUGCAUGGGUCGUGUCACUCCCACCUUCACAGUUUUUCCUUGUUACUUUAGUUUCAGCAAUUUUCUUGAGAUACUGGCAGAGAACCAGUGCCCUCAAAAACUCAUUGAAUCCCACUGCUCCUAAGUGAGAGAGACAGUUUACUUUUUAAUAUUUUUUGAGGGGUGGGGGGGAAGGGUCAGUAGUUUUAGCUACUCUUUGUGGGAUAAAGUGGAAGGGUUAGACAGAUGUUACCUCCACUGUACCAUCACAGAAUGUUUAUCACCUUUGCUCUGUGGCUGUUCUCGUUUUAUACUGUAUGUACCUUGUAGCUUAUUGUAUUAGGAAGCAGAACAAUAAAUUUCACUAUAAACUCGG